AUGUCAACAAUGGAUCAAGCCGAUGAUUUAAAAGCAUUUGAACGUCGUAUGAUCGAAAUUGUUUCUUCACUUCAACCAUCAAUAUGGCGUUGGCGUGUAAUAUUAUUUAUACUUGUCGUAGUUACAUUGGUUACAUGUUAUGCAUUAAUUACUGAUGAUAAUUCAACAAAAUCAUCUUCAGUCAAUAAAUCUAGUGAUAAUUCCUUUUUAUCUACAUUAUAUUCACAUCUUUUACGUAAACAAGUUUAUUUUUCUAUAUCAUUUUCCUUGCUUAUAUUUGCAUUUUUAUUUGGUAUACAUCGUAAAAUGUUUUCAUCAUCAAUAAUUAUUGCAAGAUUUCGUUAUAUACUUGCUGAUUAUAAUAUGUCAUGUGAUUCUGAUGGACGAUUAAUAUUAAGACCACGACCAACAUCAUCUUAUCUAACUGGAUGA